CAGGCACUGAGAAGGCCGCUGAAAAGCCAGCGGAGAAGCCCGCGAUGUCGGAGGCAUUGAUGGUCAUCGACUCGGAUUCCGACAAUGAGAAGAGCAAGGCCCUCCGCAGCGCACAGGGGCCACAAGGGCCACCAAAGGUGCCAACGCCUCCUCCGGUGAAGCCAACCAUUCCAGUGACUGCGGCUCCACAGGCUCCACAGGCGACAGAAAAGCCCAAGAAGGACAAAAAGGAAAAGAAAAAGAAGGAAAAGCCCAAGAGUUCCUCCUCGUCGGGCAGCGAUAGCGACGACUCAGACAAUCCAAAGAAGAAGAAAAGGAUAAACAAUUUCAGCUCAUUGAGAAACAUCGAGAAGGAAAGGGCUGAUGUGCGGAAGCACCGAAAUGCGGGUGCAGAAGCGGCACAGAACAUGCUGAAGGCUCUCAGUGACAAUCCUUACUUUGCACCAUAG